UAUUGUAGGAUUUGUAGGUUAUGCUCAUUCUUGUUUGGAUUUGAAGGUUUAUUGUUAAUAUUUGAAAUAAUAAAAAGUAACGAUAUCAGUGUUCAAUUUUAUGUUAUAUCAGACUGGUUUUAUUUCAAUUUUCGAAAAAAUACAUUUAACAGCAUGGAUGUUGAAACUCAGAAAACAUUCACUUAUUUGAGAGAGGUAGAAACAGUGGCACAAGAUAUUUUAACGUUCAAAGAUAUGAAAUUAGAUUUAUCAAAUGCUCAAAAUAAAUUUCGCGAAGCUUUGCGGGCUAUUGAACAUUCUGAUGAAAGGAAUGUCUGGAUGAAGGAAGGUUCAGUUUUUAUUCAAAGGCCUAGGCAAGAAUGUUUGGUUCACUUAAAAAAAGAAAUCGAAAAAUCUGAAGACGACAUAGCUGCUCUUCAGAAUACCCUGAAAGAUAAAUUGAACAUGCUUAGAGAUCUUGAACAUGAGCCACGACUUGUGGGAUUUGGCUUGAAACCCCUCUCUAUGAAGGAAGCAAGAACAUUACAUAAGGGUUUUGGAUCUACAUGAAUUUUCUUUGAAAUGAAAUGUUAUAAUUCACCAACUAAAAAGAGAAAUAUAUUCCUACUGAAAA